CCCGUCUCUCUUUGCAUGGAACAUUAAAUCCACAUCACCAAAAUCAACAAACCAUAGGCAAUGGCUCCCUCUUUCUUCAACUUAUCCCAACUCCAAACCCAGCAAAAGAUUCCCGCAGGUUUCGUAUGGCCGGAUAGUGACGUCAUCCCUUCCGAGGAUGUCCUCAACCUCCCCGUGAUUGAUCUAGCCGGGUUCAUGGCCGGCGACGAGGCCGCAACUAAAGCCGCCGCUGCUGCGACCAGGGCGGCCUGCGAGGAGUUCGGGGCGUUCCAGGUGGUGAACCACGGCGUUGACUGGGGCUUGGCCGAGAGAGUGCAGAAUCUGGCGGAUUGGUUCUUUGGGCUUCCGGAGAACGUGAAGCUUAGGGCUGAGAAGAUUCCGGGGACGGUGCCGGGGUAUUCUGGGGCCCACGGGGAGAGAUUCUCGUCAACGCUCUCGUGGAAGGAGAUGAUGACUUUUGUCUUCUCUGAGGGCUCCACUCCGGUCGUCGAGGACUUUGUUAGAUCGACGCUUGGAAAGGAAUUUGAGGAGAUGGGAAAGGUGUACCAAAAGUACUGCGAGGCUGUGAACGGUCUAUGCCUAGAGUUGAUGGAGCUUCUUGGGAUAAGCCUAGGCCUCGAGGAUCGGAACUAUUACCGGAAAUUCUUCGAAGACGGUCGGUCCAUCUUGAGGUGCAACUAUUACCGGCCUUGUAAUGAGCCCGACCGGACACUUGGAACCGGCCCUCACUGUGACCCCACCAGCCUAACCAUUCUCCUCCAAGACCACGUCCCUGGCCUCGACGUCUUUUCCAAGGGCAAGUGGUGGUCUGUCCGCCCUUGCCCCAAGGCUUUUGUCAUCAACAUUGGCGACACAUUCACGGCAUUAUCGAAUGGAAAGUACAAGAGCUGUCUGCACAGGGCGGUGGUGAGUAAAGACGAGAAGAGAAGGUCGUUCGCAUUCUUCCUUUGUCCGAGGGACGACAAGCUCGUAAUGCCACCAAUGGAACUUAUCUCUGGUGAUUCUGAUGAAGAAGCUUAUAGAAGGUACCCCGACUUCACAUGGUCCGACCUCCUCAGGUUCACUCAAAGCAGCUAUCGGGUCGACGAGUCGACUCUCGACAACUUCAUCUCCUGGUUCACUACUUCUUCGGCUAAAAAUCCUGUUUACAAGGAUCAAAAGUGAUGGUUAAGAAAUAUUAGUUGAAUAAAAGUUAAGCAUAUGUGCGUAACUUUUGUUACUGAGACUAUCAAAGAGAAUUUCAUAAUAAUCCAUGAAGUGUUGAGUUA